CACGCCAGGCAAGCUGCCAUGUAUCUUCACAAAACACACAUCUUUUCCGACACCCAAUCUGACUCCAGAAUACACAACAAGACAGAUUGAGAAACAUCGGCGUUAUUUUUCGUCAACCCAAGUCUUGUGCGUAGUCAUUUUUCUCCAUCCCUCCUGAUUCUUGGGUUCCUGAUUUCAGGAUCUAUAUUUUACUCUCUCUGCUCUUCCAGUCAGUGGAGAUUCCCUUCCAUAUCUUAAACUGGUAUCUUGAACUUGAUCCUUCAUUUUGUUGCCGAGGAAAGGGGGGGAAAAGUGAGGAGAUUUUGGGAGUACUGGUGUCAUACCAUCCAAAUUCUUUGGCCUUGUUAAAUUUGGAAUAGAUUUGGUUUUGAUUGAAGUGAAGUAGCAUUGAAAUGGAAGGGGAUAUGUUUUCAGAGUUUGGUAAUGGAAGCCAAGCAGAUACCAAGGUUUUACAAACAUUUCAGAAGAGUUUUGUUCAAGUUCAAGACAUCCUAGAUCAGAACAGGCUGCUAAUCAAUGAGAUAAACCAGAAUCAUGAAUCCAAGAUGCCCAACAACUUGAGCCGAAAUGUGGGUUUAAUUAGAGAGCUGAAUAACAACAUCAGGAGAGUUGUUAAUCUUUAUUCAGAUCUCUCAAGCUCUUUCACCAGGUCAGUGGAAACUUCAUCAGAGGGAGAAUCAACUGGGCCAUUGAGAUCUGAUGGAAAAGCCAGUCAGAAGAGAAUUAGAUCCGGGUAAUUGACUGAGCUGAGCUUUGGUAUGAAUUCUGCUAUCUUUGACUGUAGAAUAAGAUGGUUUUCUAUUUUCAUACUGAAGGGAAAGAACUUGAUUAGAUUCUGUAACUCUUCUCAAUGAAUGAGUGAUAUGCAUCUGAAGUUUUGAACUUUAGUAUGUGUAACCCCUUGCCUUAUAACUGAAAUAACCUUGACCAAUUACCAUUUGUAAUCUUGUACCAUAUUGUCUCAUAAUUCUUAUUGAAUGCAAGCAUCCUUUUCUUUUAUUUCUCUGUUGACAGAAGUUAAUGUCUAUUUGGCCGGUCCCAUGUACUUAUUUUUUUAGUGACUUUAGGUUAUAUUAUGUCAUCCGUACUAGAUGCUAAUCCUUUUGAUUAUUGUUUAGUGGAUCUAGCGUGUGAUUAGAAAAUGAUUUUGAAACAUUAAUUCGGUUCCGCCAAUAUUGUUCUUCGUUGGAGAUGAUCUAUCUUUGAUAGGGACUUUCAACAAACCACUUUAUUCUUUUCCCAUGUUUAUCAAAAGAGAUUCCUUACUAUAUCUGUUCCCAAGUUGAAGAUUGUGGUGAAGGAUUAGUAUAUACUGUUUUUAUAUAUAUCCAUUAAUGGUAGUUUCAUUUCUAUAAGUUCAGAUGAUUUUUAUUCAUGAUUCUCUUAGCUAUGUCGCUAUCUCUGUGGGGGAAUUGAGCAAAAUAACAGGUGAUGAGCUUGAGAAAUUAUUGGCCUUUUGGAUUGAAGAUGUUGUGGGACAAUUGAAGAAAGAAGCUUUAGGUAA